CUGAUUGAACUCUCACCUAAAUUGUAUUUGGUGCAACAGGCAAACUUCAAAACUUUUUAUUGAUGUUGUAAGUUUCAUUGAAGAACUCUACACAUGUUCAUUGACCGGUAGCAAGUACCAAAUACACUUAGCAUUAUUUUAAUUUGUAUUUAUUUUCAUAUCUAAACCACAAACAGAAUAUCAUUUCAUUGUUUAUCUAUGACAAACGCAAACUCCUGUUUAUCACAAUAUGCCUCGAAUUAUCACCUAAUAUUUACUAAUGCGCUUUCUGUUGAUAUUACCAAUAGUUAUGUUGAUUUCAGCUACAAUAUUAUUUUUCUAAUGAUGGAAAUACAUAUUCCUGGACCAAAUUCGUGAUCAAUACCAGAAUGCAGGAACUCUUUGCUCUGGUGCUCAAUGAUAAAGAUUUAUCAAAGGCUGGAGAGCUUUUCUCUCUUGAUGAUAAAGACAUUCAGCAUGAUCUAACUGAAGUACUUGAACGCAUUUGUCAGAUUGUUGACAGCUUUGAUUAUGUAACCAGCAGUAAUGACCAGAGUGUUGUAGAAAUAUGUGUAACAAGAGUCACAUCAGCAAUCAGAGAGACAGACAGUAUCAGCAGUCAUGUCAAUGCUAUGAUAUCUUUGUUGGAAGUAUGCCUCAAGUACAAUCUGCAACCAAGUGGCAAGGAUGAAGAUCCAGCACAUGCUAAAAUUGCAUCAGAUGUUCUCAGCUGUUUAUUUAUGAAUUAUACUAAAAAGGGAGUGAUGGAAAUAGCAUUACCAGCAGUUGUGCAAUUUCUGGAUUGUGAAAAUAAAGAAUUAGUACGAAAUGUCUCCAGUUAUUUAUCUCUGGCUGCCAUUGGCUGUUCUUCCUUGUUGGCUUCCUACAUGGAACUUAUCAUCAGCAGUGUUCUGAAAGGUAACUCAGCUUUGACUCUCCUCCUUCAAAAGGUCUAUCCUGAUAACAAACAAGUUAUAUUGGACCAUAUCCCUGAAUUGGUACGGCUCAUGGAUACAUGUGAACUACAAGAGAGUAUCAGUUUGAUCCAGAUAUUUGCAAUGGUUGCAAAAGAAAACCCAAGGCUGUUGCAGCCAUAUGUUCCUGUGUUUUGUGAUUACCUAAAGCAGCCAGAAAUGGCUCCUACAGUUUUGAACAUUCUCGUGGACAUAGCUAGUGUGAAUCCUCGUUCGCUGUUGGCUUAUGUUUCUGCUUUGCAGACAUUACUCACUGUUUCUCCUGUCUACACGGAACCUGUAGUUGCUAUCAUUGCAAGCAUUGCUACUCUUAGUGAGAAUGAUGCUAAACGUAGUCUACAGUACUGCAUGGGACAGCUGCCAAAUGCUGACAAAACUACCCUUCCAUUGUUCUUAAAUGGCUUGAAGAUGAUUGCAGCAUUCUCUCCUCAUCUUUUGGGCCAACACAUGCCAGAAAUCAAUAAACAUUGUCAAAACAAACCCUACGUUGCUGACCUUUUGCAUCAGUUACGUGAAGACUUAAAGAAGCGAAGUGCAACAUGCCCAGAGACAGAAGAGAUGCGUAGAAAGUAUGUUUCGUUUGAGGGUGAGGAGCUGCGGAAAAAAUUUGUUACAUUUUCUGAAGGAGACAUUCAUCUUAGUGGAAGCACGCCUGAGAAAGAAGUCCGAUCUGUGUCCAGUCAAACUGAAGGGACUGUUACUGUGAUUACAGUCGGUAAUCCACCCAACUGCACAUAUCCAAGUGAUACACUACCAGUUAAACAUAAUUUAAUAGCUCCCUACAACUUGAACCAGCUUAGUCUAAGAAAAGCAAGCAGAAGUUCAUUAAAUACUGACCCAAUAUUUGAUAGACCAACUAGCCCAAGUUUUGAAACCAUGGUAUCAGACAUUCCUCUUAGUAACAGUCUGACGUCAACUGCCACAAAUCCAUCCUGUCCAUCUCCUGUUUCUUCUAUGAAGGAACUGUAUCGUGAUGUUGUCCAACAGUUUUGUGAAAAGCAUCUUGGAAAGAUCCGUGUUUUUAUCAAUAAUGUGACUGCUCGUUUGCCAUCACCUGUAAAAUGUAGUGUUGUUAAUGGUCGCCAUAAACGUUACGUUAAGCUAAACUUUGUAUGUUCCAGUCAUCGAGGAGAUGAGUGUCUUUAUAGUAAUAAUUGUUUUGUGUUAAUUACACACAUACCCAAAACCUGGAUUCAUCUCAUGUUUCUAGCUUUACAGGCCAAAGCCAGUUCUGCUUUAGGCCAACAAGAUACAUCUGUAAGUUGUCUGAAACGAUGUUGGGAUGCUCUGAAGUCAGAAAAAGGCCCAAGUAGUUUUCUUACUGUUGUUACAUCAUCAUUUCCAUCAGCUAAGGAUCAAGAUGCUCUUCUUCAUGAACUUCACAGUGUCCGUUAUUUCGAUGUUUUUGAAUUCAAUGCUGCUGAGCACCAUUGGGCAUGUUUUAUGUGCAACCACCCUGAAAAAAUGGUCACUUUACUUCAGGAUGGUAGUCCAUUUAUUUCUGGACAACUAAAAGAGAAAAAGGGUCGGUGGAAAUUUCUGAAACGAUGGAAAACGCGGUAUUUCAGCUUGUCAGGAUCAAACAUUACCUACAGCAAAGGUGAUUCACAUAAAGAAACAUUGCCAGUCAGUAAAAUACAAAGUGUGAAAGCUUUACGAAAAGGUAUUAGAGACAUUCCAAAAGCUUUUGAAAUAUUUACUGCUGACCAGAGGUAUGUGUUGAAAGCAAAGGAUGAACAGAAUGUGGAACAGUGGGUGCAGUGUUUGCAGAUUGCUGUUGCACGUUCACAGCAAAAAGAACCAGUUUUAGCUCCUCUCACAAGUAUUGAAAAUCAAUAGCCAUUCUCAGACGAUUUCUCAUGUUUGUCCCUUUCAAAUUAAGCUGCUAUGUUAUACUGCUACACUAACAUGGAAAUAUCAUCUCAAAUUUUGCAUAUUUGCCUGAAUUUUUGGGACAUAAUUUUACGACAUGCUUUCCAUCACGUCACUCUGUUCUAGAGAAAUAGUCAAUUGGAGUAAUCUAUCUUGGCUUAAGGUGUCAGGUAUUGCUUGUGAUUAAGAUGUAAAACUAUUUAAAACAUUUAUCAUACAGACACCACAUCUUUAUUAUAUAUAAUUUACAUUACCGUAUCACAUUAUUUUUCUAACUCUGUUCUUAGUCAAUAUAGUAAAUUGGUGCUAAAUAAUUAAAAAAAGGUUUUGCAGUUAUCAACGAUUUGAAGUAAAAUUUUGUGGUAAAGGAAAUUAGUCUUGUAAAAUUUAAUAAUUUCAAUUUUAGUUGAGGAAAUUGAAAUGAUAAAAAAGAAAAAAAGAAGUAAAAGUCCUGUUUGUAUUGAUUAAAAACCCCAAAUAAUUGUUGUUAGACCUCAUAAACAAACUUAUAAUCAAAGGUAUUCCAGUCAGGAAUAUUAUGUUUUCUUUUUCUGAACAAAGAGUGUACCAUAGAUUACAUUAUCUAAUGUGUCCUUCAUUAUUUUUUUUAACUGGUGAAAACAAUUAGAGGGAGAUUUGGUUACUGGUUCUGACAGGUCAAGUGACUACAUAGAGGUUCCUGUUAGUCUGUUGUUGAUGAGUACUUUUUUUAAUCAAAAUUAAUAAUACUUUGUUCUUAACUUUUACAUAGUUCUGUAAAAUUCUCAUCUUAUUUACAAAUAAGUAUAAUAACAUUUGAUAAAACAGGGACAUCAAGGAAAUUGGUGGUGGUCAAUGUUGGCAAAAAUCAUAUAGUGAAGUUUGUGAGUUUGGAUAAAUUUGUAUGUAAGAGAAGAAGAAUCAAUUCAAUAAUAUUAUUAGUUCUCUGGUGCGUCACUGUAAAUAGGUAUUAAAGUAUGCUCUAGUGUUUGGAAAAUAUUUUGAAUAGUAACUCCAAAUAUGUUAAAAUAGAGAAACACCUUGUUUCCAUAAAAUAUGUUGAAAGUUAGCAAGAAGAUCAGACAAAGAUGGCUGCGACUAUCUGGUCACUGUGUGUGUCACCCUGAUCAGGAAGCAUCCAAAUUAGUCUUGUGGAUCCCACUUCAUGGUGAUGUAAGAAGAGAAAAACGUCAUACUUACAUUGACAACUUGACUGUAGACAUUGACCUGGAAUGUAUCCAGGAUCUCAAGGCUGUAACAUUGAACUGAGAAGUGUGGCAGGUGGAUUUUGUUGUUGCAACCCAGGUUGGAGCUCAACCAUAAUGAUAGUAAUACACAAGGAAACAAAGUUUUUGUUGCAUUAAUAUCAGCACUUGUUUUUAACUCAUUUGAGUAUGCUGAAUUCAAAUCUGAAGUUAAUUUUUCUCUGUAAGCUCUAGAUUUUAUGCAAUUCAACUUACUAUUUUUUUCUCGAAAUUUGGACAUCUGUCACAUGGUGACAUGGCCCAUCUGAAAAAUUUAUGGUCAUGUAGUCUUAAAAUUAGAUAUAAAAUAACUGCCUGAUACAUAUGGACGUACGUACAUGCAUACAUUUAUUUAUUUAUAUAUGAAGGUACAUGGUUUAGUGGUUAGGGUGUUGCACUUACAAUUGUGAGAUCGUGGUUUUGAUUCCCAGACUGGAUGCUGCAUUGUGCUUUUGAGCAAAACAUCAUUUCCCAUUACUCUGUGAUCAUUUCGUCAUCUGACAUGUGGCACAUGGUACACCUGUACAGGUAAUGUCGAUUUAAUGGAGGGAGUGAACUUAGAUGAGCACAAACAUUUGAUCACUAUAAACAAGUUAUCUGUGUAGUCUAAUGAUGGGAGGGAGAAUCCACUGUGUGUGUGUGUAUUGAUUAACAGAUAACACUGGUCAACAAGUCUUUUGUUGCAUUGAUAUCAACACUUGGUAUUACCUAAUUUGAGUGCAUAGAUUUCAGAUUUGAAGUUGGUUAUUUCCUAAAUGCUCUAACUUUUUUGCAAUCAAGAUAUUUCAAAAUUUCAUCUUCAUCACAUUGAUGUCAUAGUCUAUCAGGAGAAAUGUAUGAUUAAACUUUCUUUAAAUUAGCUGGAUAAUAAAAAAGAAAAUGCAAGAUAGUAUAAAUUUAUUCAAGAACACAAUUUGAAACACUUUCCCUAAUAAGCAAAGGUUAUAGUUUAUAUAAAACUGAUUGAUAAAUAAGACAUUAAUUACUAUGAGGAGGCAAAGCUCAAUUGCAGUCUAUUCAUGCAGGAAUUUGCACUUGAAGCUCUUGCAUUUGUGGACUGUUUCAGGGCAAUCUUGCUUAAUUCUCCAGCAGUAGUCUGCCAUCAUAUGUUUGUCUCAUCUUCCUUGGUAACGCUUUUCCAUAGUCUUGAGAUCCUGAUGGAACCUGCUCACCUUGUUUAUUACUUACUGCUUCUAGGUUCUCAGGGAAUCUAGCAAGAUGACUGUACAUGAAAUGGAGGAGUUUGACACUCAUGUUACAUCCAAGAUUAUGAAAAACUGAGAGCAUAUUAGCUACGAGAGUUUCAUAGUUGUCAGCCUUUUUAUUAAUGAGAAAGUUUUCUAUUACCACCACAAAUGAAAGCCAUGUACUCCUUUCCUUGUCAUCUUUCUGGCAAAUUCUUGAUCACAUACAAGUGUAUGAAUCUAUGAGCCAUUAAACACACCUGCCUUGAUCUUCUCGAAGGACAAAGCAGGGAGAGCAGAGACUAUGUGUUGGAAGCAUUCACCAUCAUCAUUUAAUGCUUUGACAAACUGUUUCAUCAAACUCAGCUUGAUGUGGAGCAGAGGUAAUUAAUUAAUUUGACUGCAAAUGGCUAGAAUGUAAAACUUAAAUUUGCAUGAAAACUAGAACAUGUAGAACAUGACCGUUUUCAGAUAUGAAUUUAGCAGGUUAAAAACAGUAAGAAUUAGUAAAAAAAUCUUAAGCAACUGAGAUUUCAAAAGAAUUUGUUAAUAAUACAUGAAAAUAAUUAUGUGGCAUUAGAAAACCAAUAAGUAGGUACAUAAAUAUCAAUUGAAGCCUGAGUGGGAGUUAUCUUUGUUGUAAUGUGGGCAGAAGAGUAGCAGGGGAUGAUGGAUAAAUUAACAAUUUUUGCAGUGGAAUUUGUCUCCUGCUUCAGGUAAUGUAUAGUGACUCUGGAGAAAGUAUAUUGUUAACUAAGCAAUCAUUAUGUUAUAGAUCUUUUAUCUUUUACUUGUUUCAGUCAUUGGACUGUGGCUAAGCUGGGGCACUCAGCACCUUGAAGGGCUUUUAGUCCAAUGAAUUGACUCCAGUACUUAUUAUUUCAAAGCUUGAUACUUAUUCUAUCAAUAUCUUUUGACAAACCACUAAGUUACCAGGACAUAAACAAACCAACACCAGUUGUCAGUGGGAGUUAAACACAAAAACUCUCUCUCUCUCCCCCUCUCUCUCUCUCCCUCUCUCUCUCUCACACACACACAUACACGUAUGAUGGGCUUCCUUCAGUUUCUGUCUACUAAAUCCACUAGCAAAGCUUUGGUUGGCCUGGGGCUAUUAGAAGAAGACAUUUGUUCAAGGGGCCAUGCAGUAAGACUGAACCUGGAACCAUGUAGUUGGGAAGCAAACUUCUUAUUUCUUUAUUGCCCACAAGGGGCUAAACAUAGAGGGGACAAACAAGGACAGACAAAGGAAUUAAGUCGAUUACAUCAACCCCAGUGCGUAACUGGUACUUAAUUUAUCGACCCUGAAAGGAUGAAAGGCAAAGUCGACCUCGGCGGAAUUUGAACUCAGAACGUAACGGCAGACGAAAUACCGCUAAGCAUUUCACCUGGUGUGCUAACGAUUCUGCCAGCUCACCGCCUUCUUACCACACAACCUUGCUUGCAUCUAUGAUGUUAACAAUUUCACUCUUACUGUUACAGUUAUUAAUAUUGAAUGCUAACAUUGACACAGUGGCACACAUUUUUAGGGGAAAGGUAUGAUAUAUUGAAAUACUUCCAAUGUGUUACUGGUGAUUUUUAUGAUUCUGGUAGGAUUUGAAGUUAGAACACUAUAUAGACAACUGCCUCAAAUCAUUUAAUCUAGUACUCUUUCAUUUCUGUUAUUCUACUAUCUUUAUGGGUGUUAAUAUGAGAUGCUGCAAGAAAUAGGAACAAUAAAACUUAUGUGGUUAUUUUUGCUUGUUAAAUUUAUUAUGAAAAAUAAACUGGUUCCUUUUAAAAUUGUUUAGGAAUUAUAAUUUCUUUCUGUGUUUAUGCAUAUGGACAAUGAACAUGUCGUUACUUAUGGAUGUGUUCAAGAAUAGCUGAUGAAUUCUUUUUUGUCAGUGUGCAGGUAGCUUUUGACUUUCUCAGGUCUCUCUUCUGUUCAUUCCAUCUUCUCCUAGUCUGCUUAGAUGCUAUGUCAUUUUUUCUUAUGGGGCUGCACCAGCUAUAUUUCUCAGUUGUGAGAUUCUCUUAUGGCUUGGAUUAAUUUAGAAGUCUCUUAGGAAGAUCUUGAGCUUAUAGUAUCAAUGUAGUGAUUGCACCACUCACUAACUGAAUGUUUCCUCCUCAUCAACUCACUGUGGAGAAGAAGUUUCAUCACCCAUUCUGGUAUUAUGACCAGACCACAACUACUAGGCUUUGUAGAGAAGAAUGUGGAUGUUGGGCAACACUGCAUUAGUGAGGACCUCAGUGCCUGGAAUGUUUUCCUAUCAAUGGGUAUGCUGUAAUUUGUGCAAAUAGUUCAGCUUUUUAACAUACUUGUUGUAAACAGUCCAUGUCUCACUGUCACAUAGUAAAGUUGGUAGAAUAAUGGUUCUGUAGAUCUUUUGUUUAGAGGUUGAGACCCUUCUUCACUUACACAUUUUUGUGAAGUCCACUGAAGGCAAUGAUGAGUGUGGCAAUUCUGUGGUUUACUUCAAAAUCAUUGUGAACAUUCUUGAGAGAUUGCUGUCAAGGUAUGUGAACUUGUCAGUGGUAAGUAGAAUCUAAUCUUUCACCUUCAUUACAUAUGGUAUGUACUCCUUAGAAAGGGUUCAUUGGUGCAUGACUUCAAUUUUCUUUGUGCUGAUGGCGAGGCCAAAAUCAUCACAAGCAGAGAAGAAUCUGUUCAUGCCCUGCUGCAUCUCAGAUUCUGAACCUGCUUUGAGAACAUAAUCAUUUGCAAACAGGAACUAGCACUCUGUUAUCUUUCACUUUAAUUUUGGCCGAGAACCUUCUCAAGUUGAAGAACCUGCUGUCACUGCAAUAACAUCUUAUGAAAUUUGAAUAGUCUUGAGACCACUACUAAAAUUUAGUUUGCUCGAACUGUUAUUAUACUGACCAAGUUGUUUCAAAGAGACUGGCUGAUAAUCAUGUUCUAAUAAAUAUCUAUUCAUUAGAACAUAUCAAAGUAGUUACCUAGAAUGUUUAAGUAAUUUAAAAGAGUUAAGGGGGAAAAUAUUGUAUUAGAUCUUUGGUACUGUUUUAAAUAUCAUUUGGUUUUAAAAAUUGAAAUUUUAUGUCUAUCUAUCUGUCUGUCUAUCUAUGUAUGAAUAUUUAUUUUAGAAAUGAUUAUAUUUUGAUAAUCUUUACAAAAACAUAAUAAUAAAGAAAAUGCCAUACACCUUAAAGGAAUUUAUUACUUUCCAGUAAAUUAUAAAAGGUGCCCUUUUGUGAUAUUACAACAUAAUGAAAAAAUAUCCCAGGAAUUAUAUGUUGUAUGUAAUAAAUAUGUUCACUAAAUAUUUGGAAACAAUAUCAGUUAUUGCUUUGAUUCUGUUGAAGAAAUAUUUAUUCUGUUAGAUAUAUUAACCUAACUAAUCAAACCUAAAGUUAAGAAAAUGCAAUGUUCCUUUUUACAUUUUCUCACCUUUUUUUAAUAGCUAUUAAUAUACAAACAUAAUUCUCAUGUAAUUUUUUAUAGUUAAAAAAAUAAAAUUAAUUACAUUUUUACUCUAUAUUGCAUUCUCAGUGAAACACAACAUGCAUAAUACAUUAAUAAAUUAGUUUUUAACACCAUAUCAAUAUAUCAUACUUCCAGCUCUUUGGUUAGAACACUUUUCUGGAUGUCAUUUGCAGGUUUUGGACUCAGCAUUUCCUUUUUGAGUUAAUGAGUGAUAACAACUAAUGUUACUCUGUUUUUUAAUUUCAUUUCUGAGGAAGAAAAGUUAGAUCUCAAUGAGAAAGAAAGGGAUAUAUAGCAAUGUUGCUAUAUCAUGUAUUUCUCUUUUAAGUCACUUUAAAUAAAAAUAAUUUAUGUGUCAUUGUUGUACAUUUAGCUUUAAGUUGAUAACAGAACCAUGGAGUCUGGUAAGCAUUAUAAAUCUUUCAAAAGUAACAGCAACAUAAAGAAUGAAGUUAUUAGAAGUGUAGCAGAAAUGGUUGCUCUAAAGAUUAUGAUUUCAUUUGUCUACUGGGCAGUGUUCUCUCUAAUAUUUUGCUGUGGGUCUGUUAGAAAUUUGUUUGUAUGAAAAUUGUCUUUCAUUGCAAAAAAUGUGCCCAUUCAUGUGAGUAACCAUUGUUCAGAUGCUGUAUUGACGAUUCACCUUCCAAUUCUUUGUACCCCUGCUUUUAUAUUCACCCUGUCUUGCAAGUUACUUGGUGACCUCACUGGUGCUGAUACCACAUACAAAGCACCAAGUACACUCUGUACAGUGGUUGACAUUAGGAAGGGCGUCCAAUCAUAGAAACUGUGUCAAAACAAACAUUGGGGCUUGCAGUAGUUUUCUGGCUCACCAGCUCCUGUGAAACUGUCCAAUCCACACCAGCAUGGAAAACAGAUGUUAAAUAGUGAUGAUGAUGAUUAUUAUUUUCAGUAAAAAAGAAAUUGAAUUUCAUCUUGAAAAAGUUUGUGUGCACACAGUAUUUCCUUUGUUGCACUAAUUGUAAGACAUAUGCACACAAGCAUGCAGCUCAGAGGGAAAAUUACUACUGGAGUUUAUGAAUAUGGACUUCAUGCUUUUUUCUGAUUAUAUUGACCUUUCAAACUGGUACAAUUUAUUGGCACUUACACUAUUGAUAGUCAGAGGAUAAAUAUUGUAUUGAUAUUUAACAGUAACACACACACACACACACACACACAUAUAUAGAAGUGCUGAGUUCUGUAAGCUAAGUCUAUUAUGGAGAGUUAAGCAUUUACAAUAGUUGUAAAUAUUAAACCCUUCUGUUUAUAUAAAACACUCUGAAGAAGAAAGGCCCUUUUACAUUUGGAGUUUGUAUGACAUUCUUCAUGUAUUAAUGUGCUUCUAAUUAUUAUCAUAAGGCAGCUUAAUGUUCUUAAGUUGUAAAGUUAUAAUAGCUCUUUAUUUAGUCUAAGUCUAAGCGUUCUUUAUAUGUCAGAAAAUCUAUUAAAAAAAAAAAGAAAAAAAAUUACACUAUCAUAAAGAUCAUCAUCAUUAUAGAAGAGUUAUUCAUCAAAAUUAGUGUUGUGAAUUUUUAAUGGGGAUUAAAAAUUAUAAUCCCAACUCUUUUUGUUUUAAAUUAUAAAACUGAUGUCUUUACAAAUGAAAUACAAAUGCCUAAUGUAUAUUUGAAUUUACUGAAUACAUUUAAAUCCUUACUGUUUUAAAAAUUGAGGUCUGUAUAAGUCUAGUACAAGUGUCAGGACUGGUAACUUCCAUUGAAUAAUAAAAUAGAUUAAAUCUAAAAA